AUGCGGGAGGACGCACGCCGCAUGGCCGUCAAGUCCGGCAUGCGCCCCGACGAGUUCCAGGCCAUCGUCGCCGCUGCGCAGGGCGGCUUCCGCUCGCGCGCGGGCAUGCUCGUCGCCGCCGCCGCCGGCUACAGGAGGCCCGUGCGCAUCCUCGCGCUGGACGGUGGUGGCACUAGAGCCGUCCUGUCGUUGCAGGUGCUCAAGCAAGUCGAGGAGCUGACGGGAAGGUCCAUACGGGACUCGUUUGACUUGAUUGCAGGCACGAGUACCGGCGGCGUCUUGGCUGUCGCUAUUGGCCUGUUGGGCAUGUCGUUGAAGGAGUGCGAGGAGCUGUACUUACGGUGCGCGAGAGAGGUUUUCACGAUGCGGGGUGGGCCGCCCGGGAAGACCACGUCGUCGGGGAUUUACCAUGCAGGGAAGGUGCUGCUGUUGAAUCGCGGCAUUUACGAUACUAGGGCGCUUAACAAUAUUUAUCAGAAGGAGUGUGGAGAAGGCAGGUUUUUUGAGUAUGCGGCGGGAAAUGGCACCCCCCGUGUCUUCGUGCUAUCGACGCAGAUUAGGGGAAGCGAGGGGAGGGUAGAGAUGCCCAGGCCCUACUUGCAUGCUAACUAUCAGCUGCCGCUGGAGAAGGGGAGAAGGGCCAGGUAUGCGCACGGGGGAGUCCAUCGCUUGAGCGAAGGGCUGCGCGCGACGACAGCCGCGCCAGUCUAUUUUGAUCCGUUCACGGAUGAAACGGGGGAGGUGUUUUGCGACGGGGCUGUGCUUGUGAAUAAUCCCACCAGCGUCGCGAUUCAUGAGGCGAGGUGUUUAUGGCCCGGGAGACCGUUGGGCGUUGUUGUAUCAGUGGGAACAGGGCUGUUUAAUCAGAGCGGAGAGGAGGUAGCGCUGCAGAAAUCAGAGAAGAGCGUGAAGAGGGAGGUGGACGCUGCAGAGGGGGCGAAGCCGAGCCGACGCGAGGAGGAGAAGCUGGGCGCGGGAGGUGAAGGGGAGGGGAAGAAUAGGAGGGAAUGGGGAGGCGGCUUGGCGUUUCGGGUGGCGCAGGCAGUGCUGGAAUCUGCGACGGAUACCGAGGGCGUCCAUCAUACGUUGGAGGACUUGAUCGAGAGGGAUGACGUGUACUUUCGGCUCAACCCGGAGGUAGAAGGGGAUCGGAUUUUGCUAGAUGAGUAUCGACCGGAAGUGCUGAAUCGACUGGGAACGAUUGGCAGGGAGUAUGCGAGUGGUAGCGGGGAAGGGGCGAAGAAGAUUGCAAGGCUAUGUCACAGGCUAAACGCCUUGGCCAAGUCAGGGUUGCACGGGUAUGGCCUGUGGCGUCCUAUGUCGUCGCGCUCGUAUGCGAGGUUGUAG